UUAAGUAAGCUUUAUCUUUUGGAUUUAUUGUUAAAUUUUGUAAUCUGUCAUUUAAAUGAAGAAUAUUCUUGCAGAUGUUGAGCUGGAUAUGAAUGGGAAACGGUUUUCUUGGCAAGCUAUCUGCAAACUUCCAUUUAUCGAAGAAACCAGCCUUCUCUCAGAAGUUGCCAGAGUAGAAAACACAUUGACGGAUGAGGAGAGUCAGAGGAACAAAUUGGGUAUGGAUGUGCUAUUUUUUCAUGUGACUUAUCCUUUAGCAAAAAAUAGUUUCUUUCUAUAGAAGUAAUAUUGAUCAUCCGAACUUGAUCAGUACUCAAGUCAAACAAGACAUUGAUCCAGA